AAUUGUUCCGGCGGGACAGUACAAGACGCCAGUUCAGAUUGCAGGAGGGGAAUCUCAAAGCGUUCCUAGCACAUUUCUUCACGUAUAACUAUUCUCUUCAAUUAGUUAUGCCGUCCAUUCCUCAGUACGCUUGCGAGGACGAGAGAAAGGUAGACCUGAAAAACAAGUUGGCCAACCUAUUCGGCGACGAUAGUGACGAUGACGGAAAAGUCGAAGUUUUGCCCAGUCCAAUUACCGCCGACACUGAACACGCGCGAAUGAUCGCAUCGAAGCGGGUUCAGCAGGAAUCAUUAUCGCAAAAAUCAACGAACCGUACAUCUACGAGUGGCGAAAAAAAGUUGAAAAAGAAACGAACCGCUUCAAGGGGCAAGAGCUCUAUGAGACCGUCUGAGAACGACGACGACGACAGCAUGUUGAAUAGAGUCAGAGACGUAUCAAAAGAAUUGUUUGAACAACGUCGCUCGCAAUUUAUGUGCUCAGCACCAGGUGACAACUUUAGGAGUGCUAACCCUGAAGCCCUCCUUGAAGACCCUUGGGUUGGUGUCAGUGAGAUUCCUUCCCCUCUUGCGUCAGAGGCUGAAGAAGAGGACAGUGAUAUCGAAGAACUUUUCGGCAGGGGUCAUGCUAAGGGAGGUCGGCGUAUAAAGCAGUCUGAGUCAGUCAUAUCAUCUGAAGUUCUGAACUUUCUUGCACGAAUGGAAGUAGCAACAGAACAAGAUCGUGAGUUGGUAAGUAGACAACUACCUGCAACGCACAAACUGAAAAUGUUGGGUGAGGUCACGGAUAAGCUCACACAAGUAGACCUUCAUGAAUCAUUUUUGCGCCAUGGUCUUUUAAAAGUUCUUGCCCAGUGGCUUACAUUGCUUCCUAAUAAAAACCUUCCAAACAUUACUGUCCGCACAACUGUCAUCGACUGUAUACGGCAACUGCCUAUUGAGACAGGUCUAGCAGACCGAAAGGAAGAAUUGAAACACUCUGGUCUUGGAUGUAUAAUCAUGUUCCUUUCCAACCUGCCCGAGGAGACUCCAGCAAACCGCAAGAAAUGUAAAUAUCUUGUAGAGAAAUGGAGCCGUCCUGUUUAUGAGCUUUCCAGCCAGUACUGUGAUAUAAGACACCAGGUGGAAGGGGAUUCGGGUGAACGUUGCACGUCAAAUAAGAAACGCAGGCGAGAGAAGGCUGCCAAGACAGAGAGCGCAACAGAGGAUAAUGACCUGAGCGGUCGUACAAAUAAUGGUCCUCAAUAUGGUGAUCCUGGCUACAGGUACCAUGCUGUUGUUCCCGAAGCUGAGACCUUUGAUUAUGCCAUCCAGCCUAGGCUUCGGAUCAGCCCUCUUGACAUCAGAGCUCGGACACAGCACGCAGACGAGCAGCGUGUCCGUAAACUCGUUAGUAAGGUUUCAAAGAAGAAGGGUCUGAAAGAUGGAAAGGCUUUCUUGCCAUCGAUCGAGGGUCGUGGAAUGAUUACGUAUCGAUGAUGUCUAUAUUGAGGCUCGCUCAGUCCUCAGAUAACUAUGCAGAGAAAGUGAGUUGGAGUUUUAGAGAGAGUACAACUGUUCAAUUUUAAAUUCUCAUAUUUU